AGCGAGUGGAGGAGAGGAAAGGCAGAGACCGGCGGGCAGGGAAGGCCGAAGGAACCGAGGUCCAGACGGGAGAUCUGGCCCGGUCGGGAGACCCUGGAUCUCCGCAGAUUUGGUCCUGGGCAAAGAGACCUGGGUUCAGCUGCCUGGGAGGGAUCAGAAGCGGGAAAAAAGGGGGGAAGGCCGCUUUAACUUCAAAAUAAAAGAAAACACAUUUUCUCUCCUGAUUCCUUCACAGGAAUCUUCGCAGAACUAGAGGAGUGAAGAAAAAAACGAAGAAACACAAUAAAGGAAGAAAUAUAAACCUUACCAUGACUGAAUGUAAAAUCAGAGGAGGAAAAUGGUUUGUGUAUUUAUUUGUUUGUUUGUUUAUUUGUUCAUUCAUUCAUUUACUUACUUACUAAGAAAAGGAUGUGAUACCCUGAAGCGAUAGAAUAAGAGGAAACAUGAAGGGGUGGCAUUGCGCGUGAAUUCCCGAGGCAAUUUUGGGAGCCGCGCAUUUUGCCGGGGUGGUUUUGCCUGCGCUCGGCUUUUCCCGAUCCUGUCCCAGCCUCCCCUCGCCUCCUUCCCCAGCACCUCAUUGGCUUACAAGGGGAGGGAGGGGAGGGCUGGCUUGGCCUCUCCUCCCCUGCGCCAGCUUGUCUUCCUGGACGCGCGGGGGGGGGCUGGCUGGCGCUGGGACAGGCACCCCCGCCAAGCCACCCCCACCCAAUCAGCUAGCCACCCCCACCGUCCUUCUUUCCCUGCCCCCACUCUCUCUCCUCGCUGUUUGCUCAGAGCUCCCUGACUCCAAUCAGGACUUGCUGGCUGCACUUUUCCGGCCGCGCGGAGAGAGGCGCCUCCUUUCGCUCGGCUCUUUAUACGUUCAGCAGCAGCCGCCGCCGCGCAGCCCUGCUCGCCUCGCCUCGCCUCUCCGCCUUGGCAGCCUUGCCGCCUGCAGAGACACACCCGACAAGGACCCUCGCAGAGCCAGAGCCGCCGCCACAAAGGUGCGACUGGGGAACUUGGAGAGGGAGGGGGGUCCCUGGACUUCUCCAGGGCCCGGCGAGGCCCCCAGCCCGGGCAGUCAGCAUCCUCUUCUCGGGGUCUGCUUAAACUGCCCAGUCAGCCUCUGAUCGCUGACAUCUCGGCUCCCCCUACCCUGAGAACCCCCCCUUGCGUCUUUCGCGGGAGAAUUUGGGCACCUAGAGCCUCUGCGGCCGGAGCGCGGGCGAGGCUUUGCCUGCUCUGGGCGCACGACUGCGGCGGCACUGGGACGCUCCCCGGAUCAAUGAUCCGGAGCCUGGAUCGUGGGGAGGGCUGGAAUAAGGCCGAGACGGCAAGCAGGGCUCGGGGCUUCCACUGGCCUUGCGGAUGACGCCCCUUCCCAAGAUGCGCCGGCGGGUCCCCCUCGGCAGGCCGCGGCGAGCCGGAGAGGAGGCGCAGGAACCGUGGCUUAGACUGGCACCAACCUCCUCUUUCUCCUCCUCCCUUGGCAGUUUUGAUCCUCGAGGGUGGGGGGCAACCCACACAGCCAACCCCGACCCUGCCUGCCCUGGGACCCCCAAGAAGGGAGGGUGUCACUGACUACCCCCUGACUUUCCUGCCCUUGCGCCCUUGGGCACCUUUUCUCCGCCGCCCCCGUUCGCUUGCAUUGCGAAUUGUUUUCAUUCUGGAGCCACUCCAGUGACUCAUUGGCUGAAACCAAGGAGUGGGGCAGGGCGGCGAGCGGGCUGUUGGUGGGCGGGGGUGGCUGGUCCUUGCUGAGGCGGCCCGCAGCCCCCGCCCCCUCUGGCUUUUGUCACUCGCUUUGCCUGUAAGCAAAAGGCAGCCCGGGCGGAGCGAGCGGACCCGGCGGGCGGGCAGGCUGAGCGCUGCGGCUGUUGUUCUGGGGGCAGGCGCUACGCCGGAGGGACUCCCGAUCCUGGAAGACGCUGAGGUGGGACCAAGCGAGGAGUAGCCUGCUGAGAUCUUCCCACCCACCCCAGGCCCGCUUGCUUGCUUUGCUUUCCUUUUGACGCGGCGCAGGCGCUGCGCUUUCCUGCUGCGUCCCCGCGGAGCUCGAAGAGCUGCGUUGCGCUGCCGGUGCGGCUGACUCCGCUGGCUCGGCUCCGUUUUGCAGGUGGGAAAGCCGAGGCUGGGGAGGAGGAAGGAGAGCCGGAUUGUCCAGGGGGUCCGUGGCAGAGAUGGGAUUGGGGGAAACCAAGGAGGAGGAAAUGGCUCGCUUCUUGUGAUUCUUGUCCGCGAAAGAUCCGGAGGACUGCGCGGCCGCCGGUGUAGAAGCCGAGAGCCGCGCAUUCUCGACAGGCCUCGUUUUAUUUGGUGUCAGUGGCUAGCUACGGCGGGCGGCUUAAAAACCCUUUCCUGCAGCUUUGGUUGUGAGGGUCGCGGUUCCUUAGUGGUGAGUGGCUAGCACUCUGCACGUGCCCAGAGGCACUCUUCGCCAACAAGGUGCUUCUUAAGUUGCAAGACUGAACUCGGGUGGUUGGGCAAGUGGGUGGCCGGGUGGGGAGAGCCCAGUCUACCUCUGGCUUUAGCUAACGGGCUUUCCCCCUCUUCUCUUCCUCCCUAGCUUCGAAGCAGGAGCUGUUGCCGCCGCUGCGAGGCCGAGGGAGAAUUGCUGAGCGCCUCGGGGCUGGAUGGCCCUGGCUGAGAGUGGCUGGUGCCUGCUGAAGCGCUGCGGCCCCGACGACUUGCCCUACUCGUUGGCACCGCGGGAGCUGCCCUGCCCUUCGCCGUCGCCCUCCUCGUCCUCGGGCUGCUCCCCUGGCGGCAGCGGUAGCGGCAGCGGCCGGACCUUCAAGCAGGAGCCGGGAGGAGCGCUGCAGACCUCGCAGCCGCUGGGCCUCCCCGACGGCCGGCCCUUUCUGGGCCCCUUCGUCUCCUUGGCCGCGGCGCCGUCCGGCCUUUCCAGCUGGGAGGACGUGCUGCUUUUUGCGGACCUGGAUCAGGCCAACAAGCUCAUCUGGUCCAGCCGCACGUCGGCCAAGCUGAGCCCGGAUCCCUCGCAGCCGCUACCGCAGCAGCAGCCGCCGCCCGUCGAGGAUAUGUACCACCACCCGCACGCGCAUCACCAUCCGCAUCACCAGGGCCUGCAGCCGGGCCCCUACGACGGCUCGUCCCCGGGCACGGGGGGCGCAGGCGGCGGCUUCGUGCCUUCCUCGGCAGGAUCGCCCGUCUACGUGCCUACCACCCGCGUGAGCUCCAUGCUGCCUUACCUGCCCAGCACCCCGGGGCCCGGGCAGGCCGGUGGGCCGGCGGCGUGGCCCCCGCAAGCGGGCCCAGAAAGCCCCUCCGCGCCCUACGGCGCCACGGGGGGCGGGUGCGCCCACCCGGCGUCGGGCCGCUUCAGCUACCCGGCCAGCAGCUCGCCGGCGAGCAACGGCGCCGCCCGGGAGUCGGCCGCCUACAGCCCCCGCGAGCAGUUCCGGCCCUUGAACGGAUCCUAUUACGCGCCCUACGUGGGCUCCCAGUUCACCAGCCCGGGCUGGGGAAGCCCCUUCGACAACUCCAUGCUGCACUGCCUGCCCAACCGGGCCGGGCCCCUCGCCAUGCGGCCUUCCAGCGCAGGUAAGGCGGGAACCAGGGGGUGGCAAUCCCAAAUUGGGGGAGAGAGGCAGGACAGGGAACGCAGACGGGUGGGGAGGGCAGGACACGGGAAAGGCGAAGCGUCCCAUCGGGUGGGAAUCCGAAUUAACAAGCGGCAGAAGUUUUGCAUGGAAAAGGUGUUCUGGGUCAGCAAGAAUCCUAGGAAAAUUAAGCAGACUGAGCGUGGGUAGACUGUUAACUCUAAAAGGUGCUGCUGUGUUUUAAAAUGUGAUGCUGAUGCUGAGGAUUUAUGCUUUUUAUUUGAACAUGAACGGAGGUUUCUAGUGUUCUUGGCUUGACAAAUAAGAGGCACAUUUUCUACCCAUAAAUCGCCACAAGCACCCAGUCCCUAAUCACUUCUGCACUGUCUUGGGUCCACUGCGCCCCGAAAGCGCAAAAGAGGACCCGUUGGCCGUGGCGGUUGUGCGCAGCCAGCACAAGGCUAUUGAGUAGGAAAUGGAUGAUGGAAAAGGGGUUGUACGUGCGCGCGCGUGUCCAGAUUCAGUAACUCUGAAUAAAUAGGUGUAACUUCCCCUUCGCCAUCGAAACUAUAUGGAUGACAUCUCUUUGAAAGCAGACAGUCCAAGACAAAUUCAGGAUUUAAAUGUUAUGGUUGUUAUUUGUGUAGCUGAUGGGAAACGCUCAUCACGAAACCCCGGUGGAGGGAACGUCUUGGGCGAGGAGAUUUGGAGCGCUGCAAUGGCAGGCGGGGAAAGGGUUAAACGCCCCCCUUCCCCGCAUGGGCCUUCAGGCUACCGUCACGCGCCCUAGCGCCGACCUAACCUGCAGUUUGGGGCUAAGGAGAUGGUAGGAAACUGAGGCUUUGAGCAGCGUGACCUCACCUCGUGAACGCCGCUUUGUCGUGCUGGGUACUGGGUUGAGAAGGGAAAGAGAUUUCCUUCCUCGGGGCUGAAAUCUAAGGGUGGCGCUGGGAAAGAUGGCCUCCCUUUUCUCGCCCGCAGCUGGAAAGAAACCUGUGAACAGAGGCUCCCCAGGGAGUUCGCCUGAGAUGGGGCGGCAUUAAAAUGCUAUAGGGCUUUUCCGGGGAGGGAAGCAGGCAGCCUCAUUAAACUUACCUUCAGAAUCCUUUGGCUUUCGGACGAAGAUCUUUAAAGGCCAUAAAACAUAUUAAAAUGUGUGAAUGUGUGGGUGUUAAAAUAAUUGUCCGCUAAAACUUAUUAGAAUCGGGUAUUUAAGUUUGCUUAGUCCUAACAUGCCUGUUCAGGGUUGAAUGUUCAGCACAAAUUCAGUGAAUAUACAGGAUAAAUAGCAAUUGGAUAACUUUUAAGUGAAAUGUUGUUUAUCCCAAAUUGGUGGGGCAAAUGUAGAAUUUCAGCUACUUUUUAAAUUACAGCUAGUAGUGACCACAAUUCGCUAGUGAGAAUUGCAAGGGGUCCUCUUCCCUGGUUUCAUUUCUAUAUGUGAAAAUCAGACCCACCUAAGGAGUAGAAAAACACUCUUUUACUCUGUGGUGGUUAUUAUUCACAAAAUUUAACUCCUCUCCUACUGAUCUCCCUAAAUAAAAUAAUGACAUAAAUAAAUAUCUGGUUGUCAUAUUUAUUUUAUUUUAAAAGAAUAAAGCAAUUAGAAUUCCAGCAAAUAGAGAUUCCCAUUUGGAAGCAGUCAGUAAUAUCGUUCCACGUAGGUUCCUUUAAAAGUGAUUUGCCUUAAUCCUUUGAUCAAAUAGUUGGGGAAGGACCCUGAGGAGAAAUGUCUGGGUGUGAGAUAUAUUUUUAAACCAAACUUUUGGACAGGAUAUUUUGGAUUUCUUUCUAGUAUUCUACUUUUAAAAAAGGUCUUCCAAUUUCAUACAAAACAUCUGUAUUUAGUCCACAACAUUUACCACCACCUACCUAUCUGCUUCACCUGUGUGAAAGCCUCACCUUUUGCGUUUCCUAGUGAGAGAAUUAGCCCAAUGCCUCCCACCCUGACUUGGUUAGCCCAGGGUAAAUGGGUAAAAUGUGUUUAGUAUAUUGGCUAAUAAUAUAAUUCCUUUUGGGUUUAGCCACACACAAAAAGAGGACACUGCAUAAGAAUGUAGCAAGUCCCUGGGUUGAACGGAACUUUAAUGGGAUGGUUGAAAGUGAAAGGAAAGAGAAGGUACCACUUCAUUAUACCUUUUUCAGAUAACAUCUUUUUUUGAAAAAAGUAGAUUUAGGAGCCGCAAAGCCAUCCCAUAUAUCCAUUUAGUUGGAAGUUAGGUGUUUCAUUUUAAUAUAGUUUGGGGAUCUUGUGUUGUGGGAAAUGAUUGAUAAUUUAAUUAAACUAAUAUUAAGCAAUGAGUUGGAAGAUAUUUUGGGCCUUAACUGGCCAUUUCUAUAAUCGUAAUUUCAUUUAAUGGCAAAUCUAUUUUGGACAGUUGAGAUCUCUAAGGAGCUGGACCCUUUUUUUGCUUCUCAUAGUGACGUCCUUUACUUUCUUUCUUAAAGAGAUAGCAUUUAUUCCCCCACUGUUGGGUUGAAAUCCCAUAAUGCCACAGUUAUGUGCAGUAAGAGAACUGCAGAAAGAAAAACUUCCCUUCACCCCACCUUUAAACUGUAGUUAGCAAGACCUACUGUAAAAAGAAAAGGGGGAAAAAGAUGGCUGCCUGUAUCUCAAAUGCCACAUACAUGCUGACAUACGUGCCAAAAGACAAGUCACAAACAGCUGGGACCCUUGCGGAGCUGCCAAACACUUGGCAACUGCCUUCCACCAUAUCACACCAGGUCCUCAAAAUGGGUUUUGUCAAAUGGACCUUUAUUGGGUGAGGGUGGAGGAGAGAGAUGGCUGUCACAUAGCGCCAGGCAUUAAGCAAGGCAAGGAUAAAUGUGCAGGGCUGGGCGACUGGUUUUUCUUUAAAGGGUCCAAUAUUUUAACUUCUACAAAGUACUGGCUCUUGGAUCAGGCCGGAGACCCAUCUGGUCCAGCAAUCCUGGUCUUCCAGAAGCCAACCAAAUGGUUCUGGGAAGCCCAGUAGAAGGACCGGAGCUCGCUUGCAACAGCUGCGAUUCCCAACAGCUGGUAUAAUAUACCUAGAGUCGUACUGCCUUGAUUGCCAAGUAAUGGCUUUCUUUUAAAUCUCGUAAUAACCCCGGCCGGAAUAUAAAUAAAGGGGCGGGACACCUUUAAAAAAAAUAAAUUAAAUCAAAAACCGAAUCGCUCGGGUUCUUUUCACAUGCAAUCCUAGAACGCCGCCCCCGCCCCUGCGCCCUGUUGAGAACAAUGGAGCAAGCCCAAAGCGCCCUGAUAAGAUAGAAACCUUUGAAAACUGGCUUUAUUAUAGUUUUUCUCAACGCUUAGCAUCGAUGUUCUCCUGGCGAGGUGUGAAAAAAUAGCUUAAAGGGAGAGACGGAGAUAUCUGUCCGCCACCAAUUUCUCCACCCUCCUCUUGCUCUUGAGGGAGAGAAAAUGUUCUCAUUGUAUUAAACCACAAUAGGCUGCGCAAUUGCUGCCGUUGUUUUUUUUCUCCUGCAGACAAAAAACCCGGGAUCGUCUCCCCGGGCCUUUCUUUGCAAAACCCAACUCGAGGAAGUUAACCUAAUCAAGGGCCUGCUUGGCUGCAAGAUUGUGCCUUCAAACGGCUGGGAAUGAUUGAAUCAGUUUCAAGGUUGGGCGCCCCAAAGCCCGUUGCUCUAUUAUCCCUUCGAUUUGACUAGGAACCGGUUUUAUUUGACUUGGCAAAAAAAGGGGGGGGAGUGGGAGGGGAAGAAGAGAGGACUGUGUGUCUUAAAUUAGUUCAUCUGCAUCUAGGGGACGUGUCUCUGCAAAAUACAAAAACUCAGGCUCCUAGCUGGUUAAAGUUCAGUGAGUGCUUUUUAGCCCAUUGAUUGAUUGGGUAACCUUUUAAAACAAACAUUAGUUUCUCAAUACCGCAUUGUUGUAAAAAAAAAAAAAAAAGGCACCCAGGAUGAUGUUCCAAAAUCAAUUAGGAGAACUCUGAAUGAAAUUAAACAUCAUUUUUUUUUUUUGGCUAUAUAAUGCAGAAGAAUCAAAUAUUGCAUUUUUGAAAAAUAAUUUAUCUAAAUUCGCUGAAUUCAAUACUAUGAUAAAAUCAGAAUGGAAAGCUCUGGUGUUGAAAAAUAAGUGUUUAAAGAUUAAUAUAUUAACCAUUGGUGCUGAAUCAUUUCAGAAGAAACCCCCACAACUCAUCCCAAAUUUGUGUCACUAAAUUGAAAGCAGGGUAUACUCAUUUUUUAUAUAAAAAAAACUUUAAAUAUUUGUUUCACUCCUUUUUUUGAAUGAAACAAAUAUUUAAAGGCAGUUGAUUUUUUUAAAAACCAAGUGUACCAUACUUAUAGUUUAUUUUAGUGACACAAAGCUUUUUACUACUCUAAAUUAAAACUAGUCCAUUGCCUCACAGUAAAAAUGCUUCCCACCUGUCUAUACCCAACUCAGUCUUAACUGUGUGGGACUUUACUUUAUCCAUGAUGUGAUAUCUAGAAAGAUGUUGCUUUUUCAAAAAAUCAGAGUUCUCUUUAGAGUCCCUAAAAGCCUUUGUUCCAGUUCUAAAUAGACUUAAUGUAUUUAGAAAUGAAUUCAGCAGGGGGGACCUUACUGUGGAGUUACUGUGUAACUGUUCUCAGAACAUUUGAGGAAGUAGGCUGUUGCCUUAGAAAACUCACUGCAAGCAGUUACAUUCUGAUCCUUCCUACAAUGAUUCCAAUACCAAGGCCAAGUAUUGGGCUCUCCAUAUGCUACCUUUGUAACUGGUGCAGAACAAUAGUUGUAGGCAAGAUAUUAUCAGUAAGCGUCCCUGGAUCUAAUCUUAACUGAGCCAUGGAGUCACUGGGUGGUCUUGCACUAAUUAUGUCUCUCACUUAACCUCUUCUACUCCUUGGUCAGUAAUAUUGACACAGUCGUAACCUACCUAACUCAGGUCUAAGUGAAGAUCCUUGGGGAAAUGUGUAAAUGUUGCUUAGCCAGUAUUGAUGGUAAAAAAUAAAGAUUGUCCCAAGUUCUGCUGGACAAGUUACAUUUUGAUGCUUAUGGCGGGGGGGGGGGGGAGAUUUGAUAGCCACCCUCUGAUGCAGAUUGAGGGAGUCCUCAUUGUUUGUGUGUAAAACACUGUAGGAGGGGAGCCUUUGGAUCACAGCCAAUACAUGCAUCCUAUGUACAUUGACUAAAGCUAAGGCCCAUUAAUCUAAAUGGUACUUAUAAUGCAAUCCUAUACUUGUAUGCUCAGCCCCACAGAGUUCAGCAGGACAAUAUAAAGUAAUUGGGGACGUGGAGGGAUGCAAGGGACACAUUUGCUUCUGGGGCCCCGAUGCCAUUGGUGGUUGGGGCCAGAGGCAAAAGCAGGUAGAGCAAUGGCUGUAGUUGUGACCUUUGUUACUUUCUACACAUUUGGUGCCCCUGGAGUAUACGGUUGCAACCGCAUUUACGUAGAAACAUGCAUAAGAUUGCAGCGCACGGCUACAAUCCUGCACACACUUACCUUCAAGUGGUUUCAAGGAGAACUGCUGUAUAGGAUCGUUCAUUCGUUGAAAUACUUCUAUAUAGAAUACUCAGAGCUCCAUUGGAGGGACACUAAAUCACAACAAUUUCUACCACUGUCACUAUCCUUGCAGAGUCUGGGAAUAAGAUGUACUUUGCUUUUCCUGUGCACAGUUUAUUUUGGAAACUGUCACUAAUAAACAAGUACACUGGGAAAUUCUUUGUGUAAAGUAAAACUGAAUAAAACAGAACGUAAGUCUGAACCUCGUCCACUCACUUCUCAAGGAGAGUGAGUCGGGGGACUGUAUUGCCAUCCAGCCUAGGCAUACAGCUGAUGCAGACCAAAUUUAUAUUGCAAUGCACAUGUCAGUGCUUUUAACCUGCAUCUGCAUAAGCUCUGUGCAAAGAAAUUUGCUUCCACACACCUUGCUGGAUCAAUAUGUUUAUGUAGAUUUCCUAUAUGUUUUACAGUAAAUUUCCUGUAAUAUUUUUUUUAAAAUUGCUUCCUAAAUUUCUCAUGAAAGUUCUUAAUAGGGUAGAAAGUUCUAUAGGAGCUGAAAGGUUCCUGUCUCCUCCUCUCCCAGUUUUAGAACAGCUUCUAGUCAAUGUAGCAAACACUUGAGUGACUAAGGUAGACUAAAUGGGCCAACUCAGUGCCAGGCAGUUUCCUCUGUUACUAAAUUGUGCAGGACAAGGGCCAGAAUUUUGUUGGUGGGUGUUGGGGGAUUGUGUUGUUGUGUUAAACUUUUGUGUAUACACACAUUUCUUGUGCAAGUCGGCAUUCUGUAAAUUGUUCUUGCAAGAAAAUUAAUUUUAGAUCAAUAUUUUUAAAACUUCAGCUAUGUCUACAAAGACACUGUUCUGAAAAAUGGAUUGAAAUAGUUUAAUAUAGUUUAUUGACUGUUAGUGCUAAAUAAGCACAGCUCUCUUUGGAAUCUAGGUUAUGUCCAUAAGCAUACCUGCUUGCAUGCUAAACACCAUGUUAGCCUGCUUAGAUGGGACAUACCAGCCUUGAUUUUUAAGCCAUCUAUCAAGCAAGUGAACACAAUAAACAGUACUGCACCUUGCAAUGACAGUUACAAACAUAAUGCAUAUUAAUAUAGAUUCCAGCUUGGGGGCGUUGAAAGAAUGAGGAUCUCACAACUAAUUAGCUGAAAUAAUUAAUAUUAAAUUAAGUGCAACCACGAGAGAUGCAUAAAUUGUUACCCGAAAUCUGUCCACAGAGUAGAUCUUUGAUCUGGAUUUUAAUCAUUAUGCUAAAUCAUUGCUAGUUUAUGAAAUCCAGAAUUCUAACAUACAUUUUAAGAAAACAAAUAAGCACAAAAUUAAUCUGGUUUUUUAAUGGGAAUAAAGUAAAGAGUGCAUUAAUUUAAAUUUUAUUAAUGGCUAAAUUAUUUUUGUGCUGCUAAGCAAGAUACACGGAAGCAGACUCCACUAAAACCCAUGAGGCUUGUUUCCAAAUAAACUUUUUAGUAUACAUUUAUUUUUGACAGCAGUUUCUCACUAUUUAAAACCUCAAUUUUAAUGGAUAAACGUAACCUAGGGUGUUAAAUAUUAUGGGUGGAACUUGGAACCAUACUUAACUGCAGCAGACUACUGAAAUGUCCUAAAAUCUCCCAUGUCUGUGUAAAGUGAGUGGUCUACCCGACAAAUUUGUUGUGAGGACAACCAGAUAAAGAUCUGAAGCAUUUAUAAUUUUUAAAAAUAAUUAUUUGUUAUUUAUAAAACCUUUUUUAUUAUAAAAGAGGAGAGGGACGUCUUAUUGUCUCGUGUAAACUCGUUUUCUUCAGGAUAAGACACAGCGUGUGUGUGUGUUGUUUUUUGCAUGGGGAGUGAUCUCACUGUUUGACUCCAGUGUCCUUGAAGCCGUGGCACGUGAGUCUUGUAGUGCAGAGAGGAAUAGAUUUUUUCAGGAGCUAUUCAAAAACUACAGGCUGACGUUGCACCAGGAAUGAGUCCUGGCCUGCUGCGAUUUUGCCUGUUCCAUUUCUGCUCCUUUCCAAAAGACAAGAUCUUUGGGGAAAGGGGGGAGGGGGCUGGUGUCUCUCGCCCCACCAGGAUUUCGACUCCCCCAUUCUUGUCGUUAAACACGAAUCGCAAAGACUCUUUUGACAUUUACGAGGUCCCUUUCACUUUCUUGCGUGCCCAAGAGCAGAAACCUAGGGCUGCAAAGCAGGUAAAGGACAGGAGAGGCCGUUGAAACUGUUUCAAGCUGUUUGCGCAGGGAGCUCAAUGGGAGGAAAGUUACUUCCAGGCUUGCAGUCGUGCCCAUUUUCCAGCGGCUUCUCCUAAGGCAAUGAUCCCGUGACUUUCAACAGUUAUCAAUUAUUUCCCAGUAGGAAAAAGCAGGAACAGCAUUUCUCUAGUUCCUCUCGGUAGCAGGGAGAUUUUAUAUGUGGGGGCCGGGUUCUGCUUUCUGGAAACCCCUUUGAGAAUUAACCAUGGAUUCCCAGAAAGACUGAAAAACUGGGAUAUUGUUUCUUGAGGGUGGGAGGGAGAGGGAUCAUAUAUUCUCUAGAUACGGACUUAUCUUGCGGUGACUGAACUUUUGUGAUAAAAUCAGGCUGUGAUCAGCAGCAGACAUACUUGGCGGGUGCCUAGGGACACUCAGAGGACGGCUUUCCCCCAAACGUGCCAUCAAUUUACUUGAAAUUACCCCUCCUCCCCCCCAAAAAAAAAUAUGGUGGCAUCCUAAAAGGGACAGUGUAUUCCUAUGCAUAUCUAUUCACAAGGGAGUCCCAUUUAAUUCAAUGGGGCUAACUCCCAGGAAAACGGAUAUUUGAUUGUAAUCUAAGAGAUGUUUUGGUUUUUUUAAUGGCAUGGACUUCUGUGAUUAUGAACUCCGGCUGGCAGAUUGGUUUUAGCAUUUUAUUUUAUUUUAUUUUUGCGGUAACAAAGAAACGCGGCUAGCCCUCUGGAGUUGAUCGUUCCAACUCCCUUCGCAUCCACUUCGACCCCAUCAAUACCUCUCAACUCGCAGCUUAAGUCCAGUUCUGUCCUAGCUCUGUCCUCUGGUCAGAAAAAUAGUCGGAAGCGGGCCGACCUUUGCACAGAGGCAAAACCUCCGAUCUUUUUCAGUAGCUUCUCAGUAUGUCGCCUGCCUGCGCUUUUCCACAGACCCCUUUUAUUUCAGUUCCGCAGGUUUUAGGGGGGUUUUUUUGGGGGGGGGAGGAGAACGUCCCCUGGGAUUUGCCAGAAACCUUCAAGGUCCUCUCGAAGUCGAGGCACGUCCCGUUCUCCAACGAAGUACAUGGAUUUUUUUUGAGGGGGGGACGACGACUUUAGGCUUUCGCAGCGACUUAAUCGUCGCCCCGCCCAUUGAUUUAAAUGGAGUUUCCUUCCCCUUUCCAAAGAAACUGCUUGUGGGGCUGAAGGCCCUUGCAACUCGGCCCCAAAGGCAAAUAGUAGGGAUUUCAAGGGAGCCUGGAGCAGCCUGAUCCCAAGCAUAAUUAAAUCACCGAUUUCAGUAGCAUUUUAUUAGAAUCAAUAACCCGCAUUUUUAUAUAAAAAAUGCAUGUUAUGUUUUAUUGCACUUGCACAUUUAUGUUGGACACCGCCUUGAUAUUUCACGAGGCGGUCUAUAAAGGUUUCUAUUAAUCCAUCAAUAAAGGCACGCUCUCCUUGAGGGGGAAGCUGCACUCCCGUGAAAAUUGCUCCAACUAUGUACCCAAUUUUGACAAUAAAUUCCAGCGCAUUCAAGGGGGCGAACUCCCCAUUAAGUGCAUGUAUUCUGAGGCUCACUUACGCGGCAUUAAGAACCGCUGGACUCGGAGGGACUGACUUUGUGCAAGUAAGCUUGCCCAAGAUCGGGCUGCAUGCGGAUCCCUGGAAACGAAAAACAAAAACCCUUGUAUCUAUAGAUCUACAGAGAAAUGCGCUGGGGAAAUUGCGGCUUUUAAAAUUGCGACAGGGAAUUCCCAGCCCUCGACUUAGGGUCGGGAACACGUUGUCCUCCGUUAUAAGCCACGCUAUUUUUUGGCUUGAAUUUCAAGGAAAUCCGGAGCGAUCGCAGAAAUUGAGUUAUUAACGUUCCAGGUCGCGAUCCUAGCAAGGGACCCUCUGUCUAGAUAAGCGGUAAAAACCAAGGAGCGCUCGCGAAUUGCGAAGUGACUCCGAUUUAAAUCUCUUCAGAGAGGAGAAGGGACGGGGACAAAUUAAAAUAAAAGGUGCUUAAGGCGGCAAUCCUAAACGCACUUAUUCUAGAGUUAGCCCCAUGGAGCAAGUGCAGAUUUACUUCUGAGUCAAGGCACCACUUGUAAGCAUUGCACCGCAAAUGCACCGUGUUCCUGGGCGAGUCCUGUUGUUUUCCCAUUUGGGUCUCCAUCCUUACUCGGAAGGAAGCCUAUCUGAAAUUGCCAAGGCUUACUUAGCAUUUUGCGCAGCGUUUGCUGUGAGAACAGCGCAAAAGCCAGAAAGCAUCGCAAAAACCAAAGGCAAAAACUAAUUUUGCUGGAUUUUUAAAAGCUUGCUUUGGGUGAUCUCUUUCCUGAGCCCGCUGCCGCGAGCCGAUCCCCGCAGAGGGAAGGGAGACAUGCGAGCCAUUCAAAGCAGUCACGUCGGAAGACGAGAUAGUAGCUGGGGAAGAACCGCAAAGGACUGGGGGGGAGGAGAGGCCACGACCGCCUUCCUGCCUGCGGUUCUCCUCGCCUCCAAGGCUGCUGGCUCGAGUUUUCCAGGGAACACCCAGAUUCAGCAAAUGCUGAAUUUGCCUCCCAUUUCUUGACCAGAGCGCCUGACUUGGGUGGGAGAGAAGGAGGAAGGGGAUUGCAGCAUUGCGAAAGAGAUAUCUGACCUUCCCUCCGGCUGCUGUGUCAGCUCAUCACUGCAAUCCUCUCUAAAUUGGAAUUUAUUUAUUUUUUAAGCCCCAAUUGAAAGGAUCAUGUUUUUACAAUUUGCUGCGAAGUAAAGGCAGGCUUAUUGUUUCUGAAUGCGAGCCGGAGAAGUAGGGCGGCAGGAUCCAUUUAUUACUUUCAUUAUUGAACAGUACCAAGGACAGGCAAGAUCAAGAUGGGAGAAUACUCUGCAAAUUUAGUGUCCAAGUAGAUGGGAAUGGGAAGAAAUGGGAGCCGGUUACAUCUCGGCUGGCAGGACUGUUCUCUUGCAGACAGACCUCUUAUGUCCCCAACCUAAAACAGCCUCUCAGUAGUUCCAGGCGCUGGAACCAGAUCCAACAACAAGGCCAGAUAGAGGUCCACUCUCUCCCCGUGCCUACUCUGGCAACACAACAUCAGGGGUUCAUUGAUCUGCUCAUCUUGCAAAGUGAUAUACACCACCAUCUCCCCCCCCCCACUUCCAUCUAAGGCAAACAGGCCAGUCUCUGUGUGAAGGAAUAGGGAGAUACAAAUUUGACACCAGCAAUGGAAGAAAAAUGGUGUGUGUGUGUGUGUGUGUGUGUGUGUAAAUAUACCUGUAACUGAGAAUUAUAGUACUAUACAUGGAUAUGAAAAAGAUUCACAUCCAUUUAAGUUUGUGCCACUAUAAAAUUGCUAGUUUUUAAGAUGCCAUAAAAAGUCUGUUUUUGCUGUCACAAAUGACUCUGGGAACUACUUUGGAAAGUGUGCUGCCUUGGGAUUUUAGUGUCAUACUUAGAUUGGGGGGGGGGAGAUCUGGGUUCAAAUCCCCUCCCAUGAAGCUUUAUUUGGUUGAUCUUGAACCAUUCACUACCUCUUACCCUAACCUACUUCACAGGCUUGUUGUGAUUGUAAAAUGAGCAGGGGGAAUAGCUAUCUACACAUUGCACCUUGGAGAAAAGCUGUUAUAAAUAUUAUUAAAGACAUUUAAUUUGUUGAACUUCAUUCGGAGGGGGAGGGGAAGCUCCACUGGUUUUAGGCUUCUGAGCAGAAUCUGAUCCUAACCACUUUACUCAGAAGUUGAUUUUAUUCUCUUAGCUCAGCGAGCUUGCAGCCAGACAGCAUAUGUGUGUUUACUUUUAAGUAAGUCCUGCUAUGUUCAUUGGUGCUAACUCCCAGCUAAACUUGGAUAGGACGACUGCAGCUUCUAAAUGUAUCUAAUGUGCACUUUGAAUCCUUCUGUGAAAAUAUGGAUUGAUUGGGGGGCUGCAGGGCCCCACUUGGAAAUUUAGUGUGGCUUUUUUCACUUUGCUGUUUUGACUGUGAUGCUAAUCCAUGGGGUGCGCUCCUCGGCCACUGGAUGUGAUGGGACUAGCCACUCUAUGUCUUUGGGGAGGGAGAGCAAUCCAGCUGAUUUCUUUUUCGAGGGUGGAGAGGGGCAAGAUAACUCCAAAGCAGUCAGCUGAGACUCUGCAUGACUUCCAAGCUAACCCAGCCUCUUUGCCCCUCUCCCUACAGAGCUUCUGGAGGAUCUCUCUGAGAGCCGGGAAUGUGUCAACUGUGGCUCCUACCAGACCCCCCUGUGGAGAAGGGAUGGAACUGGUAACUAUCUCUGCAAUGCUUGUGGGCUGUACACCAAAAUGAAUGGACUUAGCAGGCCUCUCAUCAAGCCUCAUAAGAGAGUGGUGAGUAUCAGUGAGGUGGGUGAAAGACUGAAGGGUCUUUUUCCUGUCUCCACCCAGAUCCAUGAAUUCAUUUACCCUCUCCCCCUCCUGCUUAAACAUUGCGUUUCAAUAUUUUUCUGUUGCAAAACAAGCUGCUUGAAAUCAAUAGCCCUGUGCAGACCCACGGUAUCAGAACCACAACUUCUUGCUUCAUUUUAAGAGCUACUUGCUGUGUGGAAGGUUUGCACUGACAAACAGAUGGCAAUUAAAAUCCGAAAAAUCUAAAAGCAGUUACACAGUUAAAAACGUCCUGAAAGAAGUUGUACUUUAAACUUUUGCACUGCAAACAAAUGUCUUACAAAAAUCAAAGGCUCGGGUUUUGGAUUUUUGUCCAGUUCUGCCAUUCAUUGAAACACGACCUAAAUUAGGCUGUUUUAUAGAAGUAGCCAACUUGAACUUGGAUUUAGCAAUGAAAUGAAAUGAUUGAAACACGACACUCACAGGGGGUUCAAUCACACAUACAUCCUUUUAAAUUUUAACUCAGUGAGUUUUAUUUCUGGGGAAGAUAUAUGCAGUAAGGUGUACUACAAAUCUUAAAUGCAUGGGGCAAGUUCCAAAAGCUUAUGUGGACUUUAGACAUGUUUUUCUCAACAGUACCCUGCAACUGAGGCCAGUUAUUUAGCAAAAAAAUGAAGGAAUCCUCACUAACCAUAUAGUGAGAUUAAGACUGGGAUGUAAUUAAAUAUUGCUAGUGCUAGGAAAUUAAUGGAGCUGCUUGAAUCCAAUCUUCAUUUCUCAGGAUUUUAUUAUUAUCCUAAUUGAGGAUGGGGAAUAGCCUAAUUGUAGUUUUGGUAUAUAGACAGUUGUUAUCUGUUAUCUGGUAAAAGGAAUCCACCUGGUUACCUUAAGCAUUUUUUGCCUGAUCAUAAGGACUGUGAGCAUGUCCUGUGUUUCAGAAACAAAAUUGUGAUCCUCACCACUGUCUAAUAAGCCUUGAGAUUUUUAGGGCUGGAUUUUCAGGAAUUCAAAGUAUGUCAGUGCGCACUAGGAGUAGAAACCACUAAUUCUCCAGAAUUAAGCAAUUCAUAAAAUAUGUUCCCCAAACAUUCCUGACAAGUUUCUACUUUGUCAUCAUUUAAGUUUGACCCAGGAAACAAAUAUAUCCCAAAUGCUGCCAUUCUUUAUUGAGAUAUUAUAGCACAAUAAAAGCAAUUCAGGAGUAAGAUAGUGUGCAGAAGUGAUUUUUCACUCCAUGAGAAUGGCUGGUAAAUAAUAAUCAUUGUAAGGUUAAUGAGCUGAGGUGUUGGGAAAUAAGGGAGUCUAGGAUUCUCUGUUGCUUUCAAUCAAUCAAUCAAUCAAUCAAUCACUUUCCUCCGUGGAAGUAUGUGUGUGUGGGUGAAUUAAUGGGAAAACUCCUUUAACUGCCUUCUACCUGAGAGUUCAUCCUGCUACUCCAUCCCACAAAAUUUCUCUCACCCAUGAGAGUGAGACUUGGCCCAGAAUUGACCUCUGGGCAGAGGGACUAGUACACUAAAGCCUCACUCACUCUUUGAUGUGACCAUUUUGGGGAAGGCUUUGGGCUAAGAGGCCACUUUCCACCUUUCCCCCUCACCUCUCCUAGUUCUGGGCUAGUUUCUGCUGCUGGGGGGUGUUUCUUGGUGUCAGAAGGGAGUAUGCAUGUGUCACUUAUGGCCAGAGCCAAGUCUGGAGGCUGGAGGGGGGUCAUUUCCAAGCACAAACCCUGCCAGAAUUUUUCUUGAAAGGCUGAAGGUUCUGACUCUGCCGUCUUUUCUCUUUGGGGCUCUCAAUGUCUAAUUUAUACACACACUCCCUUACCACCCCUUAAUCUCUCUUUCUCUCUCUCUCUCUCCCUGGUUAAUAAAAGCCAAUAAACUGAGUGAAUCAAAUGACUGAAGUGAUUGUUUGAUUGAUUGAUUGAUUGAUUGAUUUAAUUAGCAGAAGUUUUAUACUGCUUGAUUGUAAUAAAAUACCUGAGUAGGUUACAAAACAAAAUGUUGCUGUGAUCAGUAAAAUUCUGUUCACGGCACAUAUUUAAGCACAUUCAAAAGAUAGUUAAAAUCAACAAUAAGCCCCAAAGACAUAUGUUUUAAUUUCAUUUUCUACAUUUCCUGGUAGACUUGCCUAAACAAAAAUGUUUUAAGCAGGCACUGUAAAGAAAUUAAGGAGGGCCCCUGUCUGAUGUCAAUAAGAAGGGAGUUCCAAAGUCUUUAAGGACCAGACAUGGCUCAUUUGGAGCCAGCCUUUCGUGAGGGAGGGAAGUGUGUGUACACAACACGGCCUGUCCUGUCCUCCCCAAGCAAGGCAGCUGCCCUCAUGUACACUAUCCUUGCUUCAUGUUGAAGUAAGAUUCUCCUGUCAGCCCCGUCGGCCUUUGUGUAUGGAGCUGAGGGAGCUCCAUCUUGUUGUCUCAAACAGCAAAAUGCAUGCCCUGGCUCUGCUUAUAGCCAAGCUGAUAUUUAAAGAGGGUGUGAAAAAUCCCAUGUCAGACUUUUUCCCUAGAUGCCUCCAACAGAGUAAGAUGAGAUGGGGGUGGGGGGGAGGACUAGCAAUGGUGUAGUCCAAAAAUUCAGGGGGCUGUGUUACACUACAAACAUAUAAAUGUACUCAUGCUUCCCAGAGAGUAGUAGGGCAUAGCACAAUAACCAGCUAAUUAGAAUCUGAGAACAGUGAACUCAUAAGAGCGUAUUGUAGCAGUUAGGAUGUUGGCAUUUGGCUGGGAGUGAGGUGAUUUGGGUUCACACAAACCUUUUAGUCUGACGCCUAAUGACCUGGAAGUAAAACCCAGUAAGCGUCAACAGAAGAUCUUCACACAGUUGAAAUGCAGCCUUUGACUUUUAAAUAGAAAUGCACACUUGUAAACUCACUAGGAUGAACUAGGGACCCUAUCAAAGGAAAAAAUUCCAGCCUCUGAGGAUUUCCCUCUAUCUCAGAUGGCUUUUAAGGGUGAUUCAGUUACCCUGGAUUGUAGACGGUGCCAUUGUUUCACCAGCUUCCACUCCACUCCACCUCAACUCCUCCUACCACUAGGUAACCAGAGAGAGAUCUUUGGGGUACAGUAUUGGUAUUCUCUUACCUGUCAGAUGCUUUCCCCAUGGAAGUUUACCUGGCAUCUACAAUCAGGUAAAGAACAUUUUUUUAAAAAUCCCCAUAAUUUGAAACCUCAUUUAGCCAAUGACUGUUUUACACUACACUAUUAUUAUUUCCAGCUAGUUUUUGUAUUUUCAUGUUAUUUUACAUGAAUGUCAUGUAAAUAGCCCAGAAAAAUACAUUUGGAAGGCAAGAUAAAAAAAAUAUAUAGCUAACUAAUAAGUAACAGAAAGACUUUUCAAAUUUUCCUCCCUUGCAACUGGAAUAUAUUCAUUCUCCUCCCAUAUGAAAUAAUGUGCUAUUAGAGAUUUUUGCUUUUUUACUAUUGCAUUUUGCUUAAUCAAUACUCUUCUUACUUAGGAUGUCAUCUCAGCCAACCAUUACAGAUUUUGAACUGCAAUUCCUUUAUGUUGUAGUCCUGAUUACCAUAAAUUUAAUCAAUGCUAAUCUUAUUUAGGCUGCGUUAAGAUGACACAAUCUUUUCAAAGGCAAACAAACAAAACCCAGCCAAGGUAGACAAUGAGCUUUUAGAAGUCACACUUUCCUCACCUGAUUACCAUCUAUUCAAUGGUGCCCUCAUGGACAAAGGGAUUUUCAAAGUUAGUAACAGGAGGAGUUUUGUAACUGGUUAUCUACCUAAUUUCAUCAAGUAGCGCAUAAUCUAAUUAGGAGGAAGAAAGUCUUCCUGUGCCCACAUUACAGGAAUAAAAAAUACCUCUAUUUAUUCCAAAUAAGUGAAAAGGAAACUUGAAUUAUUUCAUACAUCUUAUCUUUUAUAUAUGGUCAUAUAUUUUUAAAGAAAACUUGACUAUACUGUAGACCAUUUCAUGGAAAUAAUUUGUACAUUUCUUUUAAUAGCUUACGAUAUUAUCUAAUUUAUAUGAACUUUAAUGAUGUGCGCUACAACUGCCACCUCUAAAUGAUGAUCAUUGUUGAGAAACAUUGGUCAAUUUGCUCCUGAGCCAUUGGAACAAAUGAGAAUUCUGGAACCAUAAAAACUAGAAAUAUACAUUUUCCAGAAUGAGUGCUGAGAAUCUAAUAUUCCUUUGAAUAACACAAUUAGUAAUAAAAUCAUUUUAUGUAAUAAUCAUAAAAUUCUUUGGUCCCCCCUACUGUUUCUUCUAUCUGUUAAAAGUUGCUUAAGAAUGCAUUUUAGUUAUAAAAGUGACAAAAGAUAAAGAAACAGUAAUAUUCUAAACAGAUUUUGACUAUGGUUAUUUGAUUUUUUAUGUGUCAGUUGUCUCAGUAGAGCCAAUGGUUAAAAAAAAAUCCUAGCAAACUAUGGCAAAUUUUGCAGAAAGAAGGGUAGGUGGAACCUGAACAAAUUCAUUUUUCCCAGGGUGUCAUCAUUUACAAUCUUGGAUGAGAAAAAUACAUAUUUCUGUAAUUGAUUCAUCCCCCACCCCCUGCAAAUGUGUUAGUUUGUAAAUCUAUAGUCAGUGAGUCUGUGUUUUUGUAAUGUUUGAGUACUUGUGCAAAACAGCAGAUUUAUGAUGUAGCUGAAAUUCUUGCCCAUGAUUAAUGGAAAAGAGAUCACUUGCUACAGGAAAUUUUAUAACCCCUUCACCUUCAUUUCACAUGUUUAUGGGAGCAGCUUUACUUAUGAUCUAUGGUCUGUGGUUGUAAAGCUCUUUGUUGUACGAUUAUUUCUGAUGUAGAGUUGCUUCAUCUUGGCUCCAAACUCCACUGAACAGUGCCAUAAAUGACUUGUUUAUAAUAUAGGCUGUUCUGCUAUACUUGAGUUUACUGACACCCCCUUCCAAAAAACAACAAUUAAAGCCCACUUCUGCAAAGUAUUUUGGAAUGUUAAUUCUUCCACAUAGCUAUUUGCAUGAAUUACUGGAAGAUGAUUAAUAUCUUCAGAUGCUCCCAAAACACUUGUUUUUGUGGGGGGAGAGGGAGCUGGAAGAAGUGGCAGAAACUGGAACUAUAAUGGUUCAGCAGGAGGGGGGAGCAAGAUGUUUUAGUUUUGCUUCUUAGUGGGAACAGAGACAUAAAAGUAAGUGGCUAGCCAAUUUAGUGGAGAGCUGAGGGGAGAGAUGGGAGUUUGAAAAGCGUACAGAAAAAUUGCCUAAUACAGUCUUUUCAACCAGGGUGCCGUAGCACCUUGGGGUGCCUUGAGUGGUGGUCAGUGGUGCUGUGGGCAACACUGGUCUUUGUCCCUCUUUCUUUCCUCCCUCCCUCCCUCCUCUGAUGCCCUCUUGCGUCUCUGCCGCCCCAUGGUUUGCACAGCUGUUUGUUGCAGUAGUGCUUGCUACAAGCUCCCCAGGCGAAUGGUGCCUCUGGGGCUGGCCAGGGGGUGCUUCCUAGGCCCCUGUGGGGCAGUGUGAGGAGGCACCUCUCUUUGGGGCAGCUCAGAGACCAGGGACGGCAGCGGUAGCUGCCCAGAGGACUCCCAAGGAGAGGGGAGAGGAGGCUGAGGGAACACUCCACAAAGGAGGGUGUUUGAAAAAGGGUGAGAGGCUGCCAGCUCUGAAGGCAAGGGGUGACAUAACUGGGCUCCUGAUCCCCACAGGGGUGCCGCAGAAAGAAUGUAGUUGGUCAAGGGAGCUGUGGAUUGAAAAGGUUGAAAACCUGUGGCCUAACAUGUUAAAAAAAUCUUUCUCAGGGGCACAACUUUUUCUUCAACCAUACUGUGUAACCAAAUGAAUUUGCAUGGUAGAAAACAUGGCAUUGUGUAUUUGAGUGACCAUGGAGAAUAUAUUUUUGAAAUGUGUUGGUCCAUUAAACCUUUGAGACUCUUUCCUUUUCUACCAAAUAAAUAAAUAAAUAAAUAAAUUUUUAUUUAUACCCCACCCUUCUGGGUUCAGAAACAACAAAUUUAAAUUUAAAACACUUAAUUGAUGCAACAAAAAACAGCAUAAAAUACAGUAUAAAACAUGAAUAACAAUAAAUUCAGAAUUCAAAAAUCCAUUUAGGGGGGAAAUCCAUCCAAUAAACAUUAGAGGAAAACCAGGGCUAGCUGGCUAAAUUAGUCCUAUUUGGGCCAGCGAGGAGACCAGGGGAGAAUUAGCUGUGGGAUCCCAGAGCGGGUAAUCUUCAUAAAAAGGGGAGGGGGAGGGAAGGAAGGGGAAAUAAAAGAUCAGGGUAAGUUCAAAUUGAAAGCCAGGUAGAAUAGCUCUGUCUUACAGGCCCUGUGGAAGGAGGUUAAAUCCUGCAGGGUCCUGGUCUCAUGGGACAGAGCAUUCCACCAGGUCGGAGCCAUCACUGAGAAGGCCCUGGCCUUGGUGGAGGAUAAUCUGACUUCCUUAGGGCCUGGGACCUCUAAACUAUGAUUAUUCAUGGACCUUAACGUCCUCUGUGGGGCAUACCAGGAGAGGCAGUCCCGUAAAUACGAGGGCCCUAAGCCACAAAGGGCUUUAAAGGUCAAAACCAGCACCUUAAACCUGACCCGAUACUCCACCGGGAGCCAGUACAACUGGUAAAGCACUGGCUGAAUAUGCUCCCAUGGCAGGGACCCUGUGAGGAGCCUCGCUGCAGCAUUCUGCACCCAUUGGAGUGUCCGGGCCAGUUUCAGGGGCAAGAGUCAAGUGCAAUAGUCAAGCCAGGAGGUGACCGUCGAAUGGAUCACUGUGGCCAGAUCGGGGCAGGAAAGGUAAGGGACCAACUGUUUAAUGCAGCUUAAUGGUUUGUAUGUUUGUUUGUUUGUUUGUUUGUUUGUUUGUCUGUCUGUCUGUCUGUCUGUUUUUCUCUCUCUCUUUAUUUCUUUUGAAGCCAGUUUUGUGGUCUAUAUACAAUCCUGCUACUGCUUAUGUGCAGAAGAGCUCUGUCCACACGUCUUUGUGUUGAUUUGGCAUUUCCUUGUGCUUGCCUCUUAGCCUUCUUCGAGAAGAAUGGGUUUGUCUUGCGCCAACUGUCACACUACGACCACCACCCUCUGGCGCAGGAAUGCAGAAGGAGAGCCCGUAUGCAAUGCCUGUGGCCUGUACAUGAAACUUCAUGGGGUGAGCAGCUACUUCAUAUUAUCAGGAGCUAUUUCAGUCCUUGCUUGAUGCAUGCUUAAUGGCCAGCCAGCACACCAUUCCUGAGAUGGAACAUGCAUUUAGUUUCACAGGAGACCCGAGUCCAACUCUGCUAGGAGGGUGAAAGGGGAUUGGGGUGGGGAGAGCGUCUCUUAUCCCUCCCAUUUUUAUUUUUAUUUUGCAUGUAUGCAAUUGCACUUAACUACUAAAUGAUAGGGGAUGUCAAUAGAGAAAUCCAUGGUACCAUGUCAUGUCGCAGCCCAUCAUUUAACGUUCCAGUAAAGAGUAAUUUAAACAGAAAACAGAAGUCACUGAUUGCUGCUACUGACAGGUCUUGGGUAUUAUUUAUUGGUUUAGUAGUUGGGAGAUUUAUGAACCGCUUAAUCGAAGAGUGGUUUUAGUAGUGUACAGAUAUAAUCGUAGAUGAAGCACAACCAAAAAUCCACAGAACAAUUAGAAAACACAAAUAUACAUAAAACGAUCACUAAAACAAAGUUAACAUCAGUUACACAUUUAAAACAAAUAUAGCCAAUGAACUUAUGUGUUGGGAUAGGUUUGCCAAAACAAAAAAAAGUUUUCAUUAGGCAUCUAAAACAAGAUAGCGAGGAUUCCUGCCUAUUGUCAAGAGUCAGGAAUUCCAAAGCACAGGUUCUGCCGCCUUAAAAUAUCAACUUCUUUGCAAAUGUGGAACAGACAUUAUGUGGCACUUGUAAAAGUGCAAAUUCUAUUUCGGAGAAAGGGAACAGUCUUCACUUUGAAGGAAUAGCUUGCUCCAGUGGUCCCCAAUGAGUGGUCCGUCUGCCCUAGGGGGUCCGCAUAACCCACUCAGGGUGUCUGUGGCACCAUUCACAUAACAAAAACUAUGAUAGAGAUAUCAAAGUUUUCAAAAGUAGGGGUUCCAUUACUUGGCUUUUGAAAAACAGGGGCUCUGCAAUACUUAGCAAAUUGGGAACCACUGGUUUACCCUACAAUUAAAACAUUCUAGCCACAUAGAAGUUCUUCAAUAGUGCAGACAAUCGAGAGAAACGAACGCAAGUUUGCAGGGAAAGGCUUUUGAUAAGGGAAAGGCUAGUUUGAUGGGAAAGACCCAACUAUUUAGUAGAUGGAUGAGAAAUGGUUGGACUGAGUCUAAUACUGUUCCCAACACUGCCACCUGAAAGGAGACUAUCUUCUUAAGGAUGCUGAAUAUGGAUAAGGUUUAUAGGCCUAAAGGAUCCCACACAUAUAUGCACGACACAGCUCUAUAUCUGCAUAGAGUACAAUGUCCAUUACAGAAUCAAGUGUCACUGUUUGCCAGCCAGAUAUAAAAAAAACAAAAACCAUAUCCUAUGACCACUCCUCUGUGUACCUACGGGGUGUAGAACUGGAGAAAGAAAAAUAGUGAAAUUUUACAUGAAUAGUGGUUACAUAAUGAAUUAAACAUCAUGUCCUAAUGCUACUAUUUUCACUGUAAUUUUGCUUAUAGUACGAUGUCUCUAAUGUAUCCAAAGAGAAAACAAAUUUCAGAUUUUUUUUAAAUUUUGGGGGUAUUGCAUUUUAGGUGCCCCGACCCCUUGCUAUGAAGAAAGAGGGAAUUCAAACCAGGAAACGAAAACCAAAGAACUUGGCUAAGACAAAGUCCUGCUCGGGUAAAUAUAAUGAAAGGGUUUGUGGAGGGGCAGAGAUUUGGCCAUCUGGAGAACGCAGAGUUCUAACCUGGGUGCUCCCGUUGCAGGUAAUAAUAGCAAUAAUGCCGUUCCUAUGACUCCAACUUCCACGUCUUCUACGAACUCAGAUGACUGCCGAAAAAAUGCUUCCCCUAGCACACAAACCACAGCCUCAGGGGUAAGUGACAAAAUAGUAUCCAUGCUUGCAAGCGAGUAGAUUUCUGUGGCGCAUGUUAUCUCCAUUUUUAUCUUAUCUAGUAGAACAGUAAUCUAAAUAAACUUUUCAGUUAGGGAGCUGAUACUGGACGGGGAAUAUCUGAGGAAAUUACCUAUAAACGCAAACACAAUGUAAAACUAAAGUACUUCACAAACAUCUUUAUUAAGUUACAAGAUUUAUCUCUUAUUUAUACUGUGUCGUAUCCUAUCUUAUAUUGUACCGUGUUGUACAAUAGGCAUUGGCCCUGAUCCAGGCUGGGGUGAUCCACGGGCUAAAACAAGUUUCCGCUUUUUAAAAGCUGUAUAUUCUAAAAUCCUUUAUGAUCAGCAGUCAUAGCAGGGAGUUGGGUCAGAUACACAGAUAUUAGCAGAAAGCACAGUAGACCAUCUCCCCACUCACGGGUCCAGUCUAGGAAAUGCUACCUUUUUUUAUGGUGAUGUAUUUGGUAGGGAGGUAAAUGGGUGGAAGAUAGGUACUUUUACUUCCAAUGUACAUUUUAUUUCAGCAUUGAGUACUGUAAAUACCUUGUUGAUAAGGUUAAUUAAGUGAAUAUAAUCCACCUUUGUGAGAUAAUGAUGGAGAGCCAUUAAUGCUCAACUCACUUUGUACAAGUGUAUGUCAGGGCUGUCAAGCAUUUAAAUUAGAAUUGGUCAUUGGUUGAACACCUUCCUUUUUCACUGAGUAGCCAAUUAGGCUGUUAUUCUAUGCAUGCUACUUGGAAGUAAGUCCUGCUCAAAUCAGUGGGGCUUACUUUUGAGUAGACAUGUACCAACUUGAUUUUACAUUUUGAUACAGUUGCAUAUUGCUGACAUCUCAAUAUGUAUGGCUUUUUGAAACAUUGCUCCAGAUUGCAAGUCACGAUAAGCCAUAGUGAACGGCGAAAAUAUAGGCUCUCUGAGCAACAGUUUAGCUAGCUGAUGAUUUAAUCAGUUUCCAAUAGGCUGUGUAGCACCUACACUGGGCCAGACCCAAAAGGGGGUUGAGGCACAAACAGCCGUUUCCUAUGGAAAAUGAGAAAUAUUUUUUUAGCAGUACCACUCGCUUUACCCUUCCAUUUUCUCCAUAGACUUUUUUCUUUUUUAAAAAAGAAAACCCAACAAAGUUUGUUUAUAAAGCUCUCCAACCUCCUUUAUCUGUACUGGCUGUGCAAAAUGCAAAAAGAACUCUGCAAUCCCAGCAGAAGAAUGCAAAUAAUGUCAAGACUCAGUUGAAUGCACAGCUGAACUGGAAGCCUUGCUUUACAGCUAUUCAGAGCCUCAAACUUCAAAAUGCAAUUGCACCCCCCAACUGCAAAAUGCAUGGACAUUUUGAGCAAAUUUGCAAAUAACUCAAGUCUACCUCUCUGCUGGGACAUUUCCCCAUUGGCUUUGGUUUUCCUUCAGAAAACACAGUUGCAAUUGACCAUCCUGCAGAACAUCAAAACUCUUUUCCCUCUCAGCUUUUUCCUGCUGAUGGGCAGGAGGAGAACCUAAGGAGCCAGAUGAAAUCCAGCUGUGGGCCAUAUCCGGCCCAGGGGUUCAUCACCCUUGAUCUAGGGGAAAAGGGCACAUUUCCUAAGUACGAAGUAUUGCUGUUUGUGUACUGGAAUUUGGGCUCUAUCCCCAUAACAGAAGCGCAACUCAGAGAGGAGAUGUUGGGCAGUGUGCAAUAGAUGUAUAUCCAUUGCACAUUCAGCUGUAUAGGUAUUCCAGCCAUGUCCUUUACUUGGAAAUCGCUUCAUUAUGGCUUCCUUUUAGUUAAAUAAGCUCCAUAGCUAUUUGUCUUAUGAUCCUUGGUUUCAGUGUCUCUUGUUCUCUGACCCAAUUCCUUUUAUUUGCUUCACUGCUCAAAUAUGCAGUUACAUUGUGAAAGAGAAAACAUAUCCUCCUGCAACUGUUAUUAUGUAUGGAUGGACAUUUAUUACACUACUGCUAGCUUGGCCUUGAACUGGCUGGCCUUCUAGUUACGCUUCUAAAAAAGCAGGGCAGCAUAAGAGAUGUUUUUCCUCCCCUCAAAUCCGUAACAGGACAAGCCAAUGUGUGCUAACUUGGAAUUAUGUUGCACUGACUUCCAAUGAGUUUACUCCUAAGCACAUUGACUAGGAGGUAAGCCCACCUCACCCCCACCCCUGACUUACUUAGAGGCUUUUGGUCCUUUAUUCAGCACAGGAAUACUAGUGUCCAACUGGAAUUUACUGGAGAAAACAUAUGAUGUAUAGAGGAGAGGUGCAUAUCUCCAAACAUGUACUAGGGAGACAUGGAUAUUCACAACAUUCAAGUAUGUGGUCACCACAUGUUCCUGAGGACUAGAUGAUGUCCUUCAUAUUUAUCACACCAAAUACCAACCAAACAUAGAUAUGACCUUAGUAGUGCAUCAAGCAGAUUGCCUUGUUUGGACAUUCCCAGCAUCAAUAGGGGUUUGGAUUUGAUGACCUUUUAAGUCCCUUCAAGCUCUUUAAUUCUAGGGCUGCAUGUACACCAUACAAUUGACUUUCCCCAAGGAAUCCCAAGAACUGUAGUUUGUUAGCUAUUGGCGAUUGCAGUUCUAUUGGAGGGGGGGGUUAAACUAUAGCUCUUGGGAUUGUUUUAGGGAAGCCAUGGGCUUUAAAUGUGUUUAAAAUGUAUGCUGUGCAUGCAGUCAAAGUGCAAAGCAUGCUAUUUUUGAACAUUUAGGGCAAGCUUGUGGUUUACAAUACACCAACAACAUAACAAAUACAUCCACCAGCAAUUCAGGCCCCCUAGAGAGACUUAACUUUGCUGAAUUACAAAAAAAAUACAGCCACACUGAAACACAUUUGUGGAGUUGUGAAACACUUGCUGUGGAUUGGUGGUGGUGGUGGAGCUGUCAAGAUCAUGGAAAAUAAUGGAAAGAAGGAAUUAUCGUCAAUGCUGGUGAAUGGCUUUAAUUGCACAAUGGGGGAUAGAUGAUAGAUAGAUAGAUAGAUAGAUAGAUAGAUAGAUAGAUAGAUAGAUAGAUAGAUAGAUGUGUGUGUAGUGGUAGAUGAAGAUAAGAAUAGUGACCAGGACAAACAGCAUGAGAAAUGUUUGUCAGAGCAGUAAGAAACACAGCUAAAAGGUUGUUUGUUUGUUUCCGGGACUAAAGCCAUUGCUACCUGCUUUGAUUUCUGCAGGAAACACACAGAAGUGGGAUGGUAAGAGAUGAGUGGGCACAACUUUAAACAUCCAGACGCUCCUGUUGGAAAAUCUGAUUUCUCUAGAUUUCCCAGACACAUGUACACAUUGUUUAAAGACGCAUGUACAUAUGACUAUUGCUUUUGCACUUUUACACAUCUGCUUCAAGAAACCCUACUGUAUGUAGCACUAGGAUUUCCCACAGCAAUCAUUAACCAGUAGCAUAUUGACCUAGCCCCCAGUAUUUGCUAAUACAAACCACGUGAAAAUGAGAUGAUGCAGUCCUACCUAUCGUGCCCCUGAUUGGACUGUAGAAACGGAAGGGACCCGUUCCAUAGAAAUGUGCCCGUGCUUGAAUUAUUGCUUUCCCAGGGCUCACAGUUCACACCCGUAAAAGGCUUGCUAUAGUGACUGGUUCAUAUUGCCUAAUGGAAAGGCUGUUUUGUGAUUGUAGAUGUUGGCCACACAUGGAGGAUGGAGUUAGUUACACAUCCUGUACUUGCUCCUGAUGUCGGUCCUCCCGCCUAACUCCACCUCUGAUGUCUGUGCACCUGGCCAGAUCUGUUGCUUUGACUCCCAUAUGUUCAACUAAGUUCUGAAUGGGGGACUUCCUGAAGGAGCCUUGGGCCAUCAGGGCUGCUCAUUGUAGGGAAAAGUCUAUGUGAGUACCACUGGCUCUCCCUUCAAAUCUUUACUGAAUUUGUGGAGGUCAGAAGGUGAGAGCUGGGUUGGUGCACUGAUGUUGGCAGGAACCAAGGCCGCACUUCCCUCCUCACGCCUGAGCCAUGCACAUUGAGGCGGUGGGGAUGGGAGACACUCAACUAGUGUGUCUGUCUCUCAUCCCAAUAUCCUUCACAGGAUGGAUGUAAGGAUAGAUAAGAAGGGUGUCACUUUAAAAAUGCUGCAGAUCAUAACCCAUCACGAAGCCACAAUACUAGUACUUCACUCACAAUCCUCCGAAUACACUUGCUAGUUAAAUGAUUGCAGUAAUAUUUCAUUUCUGCAACUUUCCAUACUUCUUAUCUCUGGUAGCAUGGAAAAUUCCAAAUUGGCACAAAAGAAUAUGAAGACUUUUAAGAAGACAUUUCAGUUCACAAAAAGGGAAUUAAUCAAUUAGAGAAAACACAUUCCUUUGCUUGUGCAGAAAUGAUUCAUUCGUCUUUUCUAGACAACGGUGCCAAAUGAUUCCAAGCAAUGUAGAGAUUUGGUAUAAUUCAUGUUGUCAGCAAUAGUUUUUAGCCCAAAUUCAUUUUAAUUCGCUUGGAAGGUAGAAAUUUCAGGGCUGCAACCCACUUCCUUCCCUAUGUAUCCAAGAGGCAGAUUAGUUGGCCUUUUGCUUCCUCACUGACAACACCUGACAAUACACUCUUUGUCAUUUGUAGUUUUGCCCCAUGUUCACUGGGCUCCAGUCAUUUCCAUAUGUGCUCAUAUGUGGAUGUUGGACCAUAAACACUCCUGUCUAAGCCACUUUCGCUGUCCCCCAAAGUGACAUUUUAAACACAUUCUAUACUAGGCUUCCUCAGCCCUGGCCCUCUAGAUGUUUUGAGACUACAAUUCCCAUCAUCCCUGACCACUGGUCCUGCUAGCUAGGGAUCAUGGGAGUUGUAGGCCAAAAACAUCUGGAGGGCCGAGGUUGAGGAAGCCUGUCCUAUACCUAUUGCUUGUGCAUCUGUCUUCCAUAUGCUUGUUACCAAAUGAUUAUACAGCUGCAACUGAAAUAAUUCAACCCCCAUUGCAAAUCAGGUUUAUUAUCAAAAUUUACAGACUUUCAGCUGUUUGCAAUGAGCAAAUCAAACAAAAGCAAUUAAAAUAGCUUGACACAACAGAUGCUUCAAGUGGUUUCCCCAAAUUCAGCUGAAAUUGCAACUUAUACUGGCUUCUCCAGUCUCACUAUUAUUCAACCCCUUCAUGGCAAGCAUAUUUAGAACUUAGUAGAACAGCCUUUUGCUGCUAUGACCUGCUGCAAACGAGAUACAUAACCAGACAGCAACAUUCCUGAGGAAUCUUGGCCCAUUUCUCAUGAGCAACUGCUUCCAGUUCAGUAAAAUUCUUGGGUUUGCAUGCUGCAACCACCUUCUCAAACCCCAGCAGAUAUUGUCUAUGAGGUCCAAUAUAGCCACACCCUUAGAAUGCUUAGAAUGCUUACUAGCAUGUACCAUAUUUUUCCUGUGUAUAAGACUAUGCUUUUUUCCUGAAAAAUAAGGUCCAAACUUUGGGGGCGUCUUAUACAUGAAUAGAUAUUCCCCCAUUUUCUUAAAUCAGAGUCCCCAAAAGUAGGGGGCAUCUUAUACAUGGGGGCGUCUUACAGACGGAAAAAUACGGUACUUUCCCUACCAACUUUUCCACACUUUCUGUAUUUAAAGGUAAAGGGACCCCUGACCAUUAGGUCCUAUAUUUAUCUUCCACCAAAAGAUGUGUCUCCUGUAAUAAUGCCACAUCAGCUUUUAAGUAUUUUUUUAGUUUAUAGAGUACCUGUUUCCUUUGCUAGAAGAACCUAAGCUCUUAACACACCAUGCAACAAAUUUUAAAGUCAUAAUAAAUCUAUUAAAGUAAGUAUAAUAUAUAUGUCAUCUAUAAGUAUAGGACACAUUACUAUUCUCCAUCUCAAAAUCUCCUAAUGCCCAGGCAUAAAAUACAACUACUAAAAUCCAUAUUACUCAUAAAUGAAAAGGCAAUAUAUUGGUGGCUACGUUAUUAGAGCACAUUCCAUGCAUUGAAAGUACAAUGCUAGGAACCACAAUAUCCUUAUAAUAUGGAUAUCUAUAAAAGAAAUACAUACCAAGCAAACUUAUUAAGCAUAUAAUUUGUGUAAACUGACACAUCACAUCUGUAAAAACUUGAAAGGUCAUCCCCCCCCCCAAAAAAAAAGGUUGGGGGAGAGAGAGAGAGAGAAAGAGAAGGUGUAUAAAGAAGAGUAAAAAACAGUGCAUAUUGGAAAAGGGAAAUGAAUCUUAAAUAAAGUCACUAUAACUUCUAUAUUAGAUGGCAUAUCUCACCUGUCUCUAGCUCUCUUCUCCCAUUUAUAUUUAUACAACAAAAAAUAGAACACAUCUGAACCUAGUAAUGAAUUUAAAAUAUGAAUACAAAUAAACCCAUGUAUAUAGAAUAAUAUGGGACUGUGCCUCUGCUUGUUCCCCAUAUUUUUUCAAAAAAACAAACCAGUGUUAAAAAAGGACUCUGCUACAUUGGCAAAGAAAAAACACUUUACAUGUGUUGUUUAUGCAUUCUAACACUGUGACACCAGAUGGUGCUGUGGAGUUCCGUUUUUGCUUACCCGAUUUCUCAUACAAAGUUUGCAACACGUUUAACUGAAACGCUUCUAUGACGUGUCUUUGAGAAGAAAUAGCAGCUAUGGGUACAACACGGAAGCAAAUACCAAAAGGUUAACACAACAGAGCCUUUCCAAACUCCCUUCUUGUUGUACUUAAACUUUGUUUUGAACCAACGUCAUUGUCACUCCCUGCUCAAUCACGUCUCCCUAACCUGGUGCCCUCUAGGUGUUUUGAACUACAACUCACAGCAGCCAUGGGAGAUGUAGUCUACAGAGCGCCAGGCUGGGGGAGGCCACACUAGGUGCAUAAUUCAUUACAGCAGCCUGCCUGUCCUUUCCCACUCCCGUUUCUUAUCUCUUGUCCCAAGGCCAGCUUCUGGAAUUCACACUGAUAUUAUGUUUUGAAUACCCACCGCCAGUUGUCAUGUAGCCCAGACCCAUUUUCUGUCAUGCACAACCACACUCUGAGCUGUGCACUGUGCCAGUGAUAAAACCACUCACAUGAUUUCCUUGGGUCUAAAAUAGGGUUUUAUGUUGAAUUGUGCUUUUAAAAAAAGCAGAAGGAAGGAAGGAAGGAAGGAAGGAAGGAAGGAAGGAAGGAAGGAAAGGCUCAAGGCUCAUGCAGUAUGGUUAUAAAACAGAUCUUAGCAAUUUGGAACACCUUGCUAUAAUACGUUAUUGUGAAAAUAAAGUCAAAAAGAUUGGGAUGACUGCAGCUUUUUAGGGAUUCUUUUUUAGCGACUACCCUUUGGGAUCAGCGCAGAAGCUGCAGCUAGUGCAAAGUGCCCCCUAGAGUGGCUGGGCCAACCCAGUCCAAUGGGCAGGGUACAAGUUGUUGUGGUGGUGGUGGUUAGAAUGCUCAUUGGAGCAUCUGACUGAACAUUUUGUUUGUUAGUCUGUUUAGUUAAUUAACAACGUUCACAUUAACAAUAGACCAGAUAUAAAUACAAUUUAAGGCCCUUACAAAUAACAACUGGUAUAAAAUUCACCACUUAGGCUUUUUGAGAGUAAACAUAUUCAAUAGGUGCCGUAAAGACAGGAAAGAUUGUGUCUGUCUGAUCUAUAAUGGGAUGGGAGAAGGAGGGGAAUUCUGAAAAUUAGGUGCCACCACAUUAGAAGUCUGAUUCCUACAUCAUAGGGAACAGACUUCCUGAUGAAAUGGUAUCUACAGGGCACCUUCUCCUGAAGAGUACUGUGCUUGACUGUGUACAUAAGGUACACCAGUGCUGAAGGAAUUGCACUGCCUGCCUAUUUACUACCAAGCCAAGUUUAAGGAUUUGCUGUCUACUGAUAAGACCCCAUAUGGCUUAGUACCAGGCUAUCUAAAAGAGUGGCUCCUCAUAUACAGAACAUCCCAUUAACUGAGAUUGUCCUCAUUGGCCCCAUCUAGUCACACUGUUCCUAGUGGAGAUACAUCUAAUGGUGGCUUGAAGAAGGGCCUUCUCUGUGGUAGCCCCCCCAACUGUGAAAUGACCUUCCUUUAGAAAUAUUCUAGGCACAUAUGCUGCUGUUGUUUCACUAGUUGGUGAAAAGCUUCAUACAUAUAUCCUUCAUGCCAGCUUUACUGACCAUUCUGAGUUAUGUUUUUUGCCUGGUUUGCAUAUCAUGCUAAACUAAACUAUUGCUUAGCCGAAGAAACCUUGGUUAUAGCUCACCUUUAGUAAGGAGGGAGCUUAACUAUGAGCCCCAUUUCAGACAAUACUUUGGUUUAGUUCACCACAUCAUGUCAAUGAAAAAUACCAGGGGGAGCAAAGUGGUUGUGAGUUCCUCUCCAGGAAUACUUAUACAGUCCUGCUAAGCUAUGGUUUGGUUUUGUGUGGCUUACUGCUAUUUUAUUGUACUGGUGUUAUUGGGGGGGCUUUAUUGUACUGGUGUUAUGGGGGGGGGCUUUGGGGCCUUAUGUGUCCAGAUCUAACCCAAAGACACUGAACUGAUUCACUUCAUGCAUGUUUCAUGCCACUUCUUCAAACUGAAUGAUGUUCUCAUCACUUCUCAGCUGAAUGGGUGGAUGGGUAGUAAUUCCUGUGAUUGUGUCAGCAGUCCUCCAGCUUGGGCAGGCAGAUUUGCUUUUCCUUGAUAAAUAUGUGCUACUUUACAGCUUUUGCUCCCUCCUUUCUUUCCUUCUGCUGCAGGCGGUUUCUUCAGUGAUGUCCGGCCGGGGAGAGAAUGCCAGCAGUCCCGAGACUAGCACACUCAAAUAUUCCGGCCAGGAAGGGCUGUAUUCAGGCGUCAGCUUGACCUCCACUGCAGAAGUCACGGCCUCUGUGAGACAGGAUUCCUCCUGGUGUGCCUUGGCUCUAGCAUGAAGUGGCGAUGAGUCAGUGGUGCUGGAUCCAUGCACUGGGCAUCAGCCAGCCAGCAACACUUGUGUUUUUUUGUUUUUGUUUGUUUUUUGUCCAAGAAGCGGUGACUAUGAUGACAAGGACAUUCCUUGCCAGUCAUUUUUGUGCCUUGAUUCUAGCGUGUGUGCGUGAGAAGGGGGGGUGUUUUUUUCCUUCUCAUGGUCUCUGCUUGAUUGCCCAGGUCCUCAGCUAUGCAAGACAACCAAGGGAAACCACUUCACUUAGCUCAACAAGGAGUGCCCAUCCGCACUGUUGCUACAUCUUCACCACAACCACCAGUGCCGCCUCGUGUAUUUGUGGAUUGUGCAUUUCCCCCCCCCAUUCCCACUUGACCAACAUCCCAGAUCUAAUUGGUGUCGAUAUUAUUGUAAGACGAAGUAGGCAAAGCUUGCAUUAUAGAGCAACACAGAAGAGCUAAGCAACAAGUGAGCAUAUAUUGAACUUGACAGUUUGAGGCAAUCUCCUCUUGCAGGUCAGUGUUUCAGCUAGUGCCUUCCACUCACGACAUGCCCCCAUUUCUGAGUAGCUUUUCUGAAGCAGACUUCCAAUACAGCCUAAUGAAGGAAAGAAACGCAUUUUGGUAACCCCCCUUCUCCCAUUAGAACUGGCUAUUGAGAACUUUUGUUUAAAGCAUUUGCAUUGUUGUUUUUAACAUAUACUGUGAUGGAGGAGGACAGAGCGUCUAUGUUGUGGCUGAACUGUAUGUAGUCAGUCAGACUUUGUAAACAGGGUAGCAUUCAGAUUUUUUUCCCUCCCCCUUCCAUAUAUACAAUAAUUUUGUUUUUUAUAUAAAAAGUGCAAUUUGUCUUGCAGCAAUCAGUGUUAAAUCAUCAGCAUAAGAUUUAACAACAGUUUUUAUAUGAAUGAAUGGAAUGAAUGUAAACAUUUUAACUUAAUGGUACGUAAAUAAUUUAAAAGAAAAAAGUUAACUAGGCAUCCUUUUGUUGCAAGUUUUUGUUUUUUUUUUACUGUAACAGAAAACAUUCUUCUGUGUUUCUGAGUUAUAAAGUACAAGUUUCAAGAACAAACGUUUUCUCAGGAAAAGAAAUUGACCCUACCUGUCUAUCUGGACAUGAGCUUUUAUAUACGCAGUCAUCCCCACUAUCUUGCCACGGAAUAAAGUAUGUGCUAGAAGAAUUAUCAGUUGCAGUGAAACUUUACUACCUAAUAGAUAAAGUAUGUAAAUACUCCAACAAGAUAUUUAGGCAUCUUUAAAGUACUGGAUGCAAUCUGUAUAAUGUACCUGACCCAUAGCUAGGUUGGUUUACAUUUUUUUAAAAAGGGAUGUCAUGUGAAACGUUUUCACCAGAGGUUUAAUAAUAAAAAGGUUAUGUGUUUUUCUCUC